UCCACGGAUGGUGGGGCGUCCAUGGUGGACGCCUCCCUUUAUUUUUUUUAAAAAAAAAUAAUGAAAAUGCAAAAAACAGAGGAGAGAAGAAGGAGAGAAGAGAGGGUGGGGUGUGCCGGAAAAUAUUGCUGCCGGAAAAUAUUGCUGCCGGAAAAUAUUAUUGCCGGAAAUAAUGCCGCCGGAAAUAUUUGCUGACUUGCUGCCGUUGAGUUCCUCACUCUCAAUUUCCUUCGUGACAGGGGGGUGAAGUAUGAGAAUGGAGGGUGGAGAAAGUAAAAUAGUAUAAAUACUUAAUAAAUAUAAAUACAGGGCGUUAGUAAAAAAUAAUAGGGCGGUGUAUAGUAAAUGAGUUUACUAAUCACAACAAAAGAAGGCAAGGAGCUCGCCAUUUCUGCAACUAAGUCAAAACACUGAUCAGCUUUUUCGAUUCUUUUCAUUUCAUUGCUGGGAAAAUUAGAAAGAACAGCAUUCAUGGCAUUCAGAGUAGGAAUUCAAAGAACUUUUCAGAGAAAAGCUAAUGAAUGUCUACAUAAUUUCAGAAGAUUCACCCAUGAUUAUGCGCUUACUAUAGACCCAAAAACGUCUUCCCCUUUAACUCUACCCGAAACCCAUACCGAUUUCUCCUGCCAACUUCCGGGUUUUUCCCAUGGCGGCGGAUCCAUGGACCUCAUGGAUGAUGUUUCCAAAAAGAGGAAAGGUCACCAGAUUCAAGUUAUGGGUGCCAUAGAUACUACCAAAGCCAACAAAGAAAAUCCUUUGCCAGCAGAGGCAAAGAAGAUCCUUCAAUCAAUAGCUUCAAAGUGGAGUAAUGUAGUCGACCCAACUGCUUUGCAAGUGACCCGAUUAAAAGGUGCGUUGACCAAUGAAGUCUACCAAAUCAAAUGGCCAACCAAAGCUGGAGAAAUGUCUAGGAAGGUUUUAGUAAGAAUAUAUGGCGAGGGUGUGGAUGUCUUUUUCAAUAGGGAAGAUGAGAUUCGGAUUUUUGAGUGUAUGUCAAAGCAUGGUCAGGGGCCUCGUCUGUUAGGGCAUUUUUCAAAUGGGAGGAUUGAAGAGUUCAUUCGUGCAAGGACACUAUCAGCAUCUGAUCUACGUGAUCCAGAUAUAUCUGCUCGUAUAGCUGCCAAACUGAGGGAGUUCCAUUACCUUGACAUGCCUGGAGCAAAAACUAUCAAACUCUGGGAUCGAUUACGAAAUUGGUUGAAUGCAGCCAAACAACUAUCAUCUCCAGAAGACGCUGAGGCAUUUUUCUUGCAUGAGCUAGGACAUGAAAUCUCUGAACUGGAAAGGAAACUUUCAAGCAAUCAACAUAUUGGACUUUGCCACAAUGAUCUGCAAUAUGGUAACAUAAUGAUAGAUGAACAAACAAAGUCAAUAACUAUUAUAGACUAUGAAUAUUCUAGCUACAAUCCUGUUGCAUUUGAUAUAGCCAAUCACUUCUGCGAGAUGGCUGCUGACUACCAUACAGAAACACCUCAUCUUCUGGAUUAUAAUAAAUACCCUGGUCUGGAAGAGCGUCAAAGGUUUGUGCGCAUAUAUCUGAGUUCCUCAGGAUGCCAGGUCAGUGAUUAUGAAGUGGAACAGCUACUUGAAGAUGUUGAGAAGUAUACUCUUGCAACUCAUUUGUUCUGGGGAAUAUGGGGUAUAAUAUCGCAUCAUGUAAAUGAAAUCGACUUUGACUACUUGGAGUAUGGAAGGCAAAGGUUUCAGCAGUAUUGGCGGACGAAGCCUGAACUGUUGGGUUCUUGACCUGCUGCUGCUGGUAUGCACAUGGUACCCUGCUCAAAUCUCUAGCAAGGGAGAGGAAGUCGGAUAAAGAUUAAAGAAGAGAAGUGAGCAAGGUGCAUUUUGGCUGAGGAAGGUGCUGAUGGUAAGCUCUGCAUCUUUUUUUGUAGCAAAGAGCUAGAGAUUUGAAGCCGGCGAAGCUGAGGAUACUUUCGAAGGAGUUCUAACCUGUCUUGGAAGAACAUUUUUUUUUUUCUAGCACCUAGUCAUGCUUGGUGGAUGAACAUAACAUGUAAACUUUAGUAUUCUGUUUUGGGUACGUAUGUUCAAGUUUUAUAGAGUACACUACAAGUAUAAUAAUUUGUGUAUGUAGAUGUAUCGAAACAAAUGCUGUAUUAUAGGUGCUGUGUAGAGAAAAAGAACAGAAAAACAAAUAACCUAGUUUUCUUGAAUGACUAGUUUCUUUUGUACU